AUGGACGACAUCCCGAAACCAAGCGACCGCAUAAUCGCAGCUAAAUACACCACCAUCGCACCCGUCUUCUCCGUUGUCAGUGCAGUGACCGGCAAAGUCUCAGUCGUGAUCUUUCUCCUCCGUCUCCUCUCGCUCUCUGUAAAGCCAUGGCAAAAAUGGUUCCUGUACGCUCUUACCUUCGUCUCGAUCGCGUGGAACAUCGUCGGGAUUAUUGCGAUAAUUGGCAUCUGCCGACCGACAAAGAAGAUAUGGCUUCCUGGGACGGAGGGUACUUGUCUUAGCCCUAGGUUUCAAUUGGUUGCCGGGGUAUCGCAGUCUGCAUUCAAUGCCUUUGUCGACUGGGCGCUCGCCCUGUUCCCUGUUCUGAUAUUUCGCAAUGUCCAGCUCCCACUGCUGAAGAAAGUCGGGGUCAUUGCCACUCUGGGGACGGGGAUAGUUGCAGGGUGGGCAACCGGAUUCAAGUGCUUUCUUCUGGACAAGCUGAUCGCCCAUGAUGAUAUCACCUCGUUUGCUGACCAUCGUCUGACGGGUAGGGACCUGGCGGGCGAUCAUCAGAUGGUACAUGUAAGUCAACCAUGCCAACUCUUCACCUCAGUGUCUGGCAAUGCUAACGGCAAGUACAGAAUUGAGAUGUACCUGAUCAUAAUCUGCGCCUCCGUCCCAACAAUGCCGCAAUGCUACAGCGCCAUCUUCCACCCACUCCAAACAUCCUACAAGUAUAAUUCAAGGAGCUCGCACCAUCACUUCGGCAGAGCGGAGCCCACACAUUCUGGCAUCCGCCUACAACGUAUGGAGAAUGCAUCUAUAUUCGAGACCGUUGUCGAACAUGGCAGCCAAGAAAGUAUUCUUGGACGGGACGCGGGAGAUACGGAUGUGAGAAAGGAAAUGAGUGCUCCUGGUUUGGGGGGACAUGAGAGAACCAGUAGGCCGUCGACUGCUGGUCAGGGGGAGAUAGGGGUGGAUCAUGCCAAAUGGAGAGAGGGCCGUGCGCUAUCUACACAAGGGCUACCUUAG